AUGGAUCAUGUUGAAGAAACUGAAAUCCUUGCAGCAACCCAGCGGUACUAUGUGGAAAGACCUAUCUUUAGUCACCCGGUCCUCCAGGAAAGACUGCACAAGAAGGACAAGAUUUCGGAAUCCAUUGGGGAUAAGCUGAAACAGGCAUUCACAUGUACCCCUAAGAAAAUACGAAAUAUCAUUUACAUGUUCCUCCCCAUAACCAAGUGGUUGCCUGCAUACAGAUUCAAGGAGUAUGUGUUGGGUGACAUAGUCUCAGGCAUAAGCACAGGUGUGCUGCAGCUUCCUCAAGGUUUAGCCUUUGCAAUGCUGGCAGCUGUGCCUCCGGUGUUUGGCCUGUACUCUUCAUUUUACCCCGUUAUCAUGUAUUGUUUUUUUGGAACCUCCAGACACAUAUCCAUAGGUCCAUUUGCAGUUAUUAGCCUGAUGAUAGGCGGCGUGGCUGUUCGAUUAGUACCAGAUGAUAUAGUCAUUCCAGGAGGAGUAAACGCAACCAACAGUACGGAGGCAAGAGAUGCUUUGAGAGUGAAAGUCGCCAUGUCUGUGACCUUACUUACAGGAAUCAUUCAGUUUUGCCUAGGUGUCUGUAGGUUUGGAUUUGUGGCCAUAUAUCUCACGGAGCCCCUGGUCCGUGGGUUUACCACUGCGGCAGCUGUGCAUGUCUUCACCUCCAUGUUAAAAUACCUGUUUGGAGUUAAAACAAAGCGGUACAGUGGGAUCUUUUCAGUGGUGUAUAGUACAGUUGCUGUGUUGCAGAAUGUUAAAAACCUCAACGUGUGUUCCCUAGGCGUUGGGCUGAUGGUCUUUGGUUUGCUGCUGGGUGGCAAGGAGUUUAAUGAGAGAUUUAAAGAAAAAUUGCCAGCGCCCAUCCCUUUAGAGUUCUUUGCGGUGGUUAUGGGAACUGGCAUUUCAGCUGGGUUUAGCCUGCAUGAAUCGUACAAUGUGGAUGUCGUUGGGACACUUCCUCUGGGGCUGCUACCUCCGGCCAAUCCGGACACCAGCCUCUUCCACCUUGUGUACGUGGAUGCCAUUGCCAUAGCGAUCGUUGGAUUUUCGGUGACCAUCUCAAUGGCCAAGACCUUGGCGAAUAAGCAUGGCUACCAGGUCGAUGGCAAUCAGGAGCUCAUUGCCCUGGGACUGUGCAACUCCACUGGCUCACUCUUCCAGACUUUUGCAAUUUCAUGCUCCUUGUCUCGAAGCCUUGUCCAGGAGGGAACUGGAGGGAAGACACAGCUUGCAGGUUGUUUGGCCUCAUUAAUGAUUCUGCUGGUCAUAUUAGCCACUGGAUUCCUCUUUGAAUCAUUACCCCAGGCUGUGCUGUCGGCCAUUGUGAUCGUCAACCUGAAAGGAAUGUUUAUGCAAUUCUCAGAUCUCCCCUUUUUCUGGAGAACCAGCAAGAUAGAGCUGACCAUCUGGCUUACCACUUUUGUUUCCUCCUUGUUCCUGGGAUUGGACUAUGGCUUGAUUACUGCUGUGAUCAUCGCACUGAUGACUGUAAUUUACAGAACACAGAGUCCGAGCUACAUAGUCCUUGGGCAGCUUCCUGACACUGAUGUGUACAUUGACAUAGAUGCGUAUGAGGAGGUGAAAGAAGUUCCUGGAAUAAAAAUAUUCCAAAUAAAUGCCCCAAUUUAUUAUGCAAAUAGUGACUUAUAUAGCAGUGCAUUAAAAAGAAAGACUGGAGUGAACCCAGCCUUCAUAUUGGGAGCAAGAAGAAAGGCCAUGAAGAAGUAUGCUAAGGAAGUUGGAAAUGCCAACAUGGCCAAUGCAACCGUCGUCAAAGUGGAUGCAGAAGUAGAUGCAGAAGAUGGCACCAAGCCUGAGGAAGAGGAGGAUGAAAUAAAAUAUCCCCCAAUAGUCACCAAGAGCACACUUCCUGAGGAACUGCAAAGAUUUAUGCCCCCAGGGGAUAACGUCCACACCAUCAUUCUGGAUUUUACGCAAGUCAAUUUUAUGGAUUCCGUUGGUGUAAAAACUCUGGCAGGGAUUGUAAAGGAAUAUGGAGAUGUCGGCAUUUAUGUGUAUUUAGCAGGAUGCAGUGCACAAGUCGUGAGUGACCUCACUCAAAAUCAAUUCUUUGAAAAUCCUGCCUUACUGGAUCUGCUGUUCCACAGCAUUCACGAUGCAGUCUUAGGCAGCCAAGUUCGAGAGGCACUUGCCGAACAGGAGGCCACGGCUGCUCCUCCCCAGGAGGACUCUGAGCCCAACGCCACUCCGGAAGCUUAGACGAGGAGCUCAGCCUGCGAU